AGCUGAUGCCGGUCUGGAAUCAUAACAACAUCCGCUGCCGCACAGAUUACGCGUCUCUUCGCUACUGAGUUAACAACAACAGGUUACACGUUCUUCAUCAUACAAUACCACUUACACUGGCUACACCUUGUGUCUAUUAUACAACACCACAUACACUGGCGGUGUAUGUGUUCACCUUGUGUCUAUCAUACAACACCAGUUACAUUGAUUACGAAUUGUCUACCAGUUACAUUGAUUACGAAUUGUGUCUACCAGUUACAGUGAUUUCGAAUUGUGUCUAGCAUACAGAACUACCUAUAGUUACAUUGCUGCACCACUCGUGCAGUCAUUACAAGAAACCUGGGCACAAAUUGCGUCUACCACAGAGUAGCUUCCCUGCUGUCAUCUCAAGCAGCGACCUCAACUUGCAACAAGUCUCACACUUCACAACAUCGGUUGUUAACUAGGACGCAUUGUACUUGCAGAUUCAGAAGACAGCCAGGCUACCUGCAUAAAAAAUGUCAAAAUUUCUACAACGAGGAUUACAGUUGGCUGGCUUAGGAGGGGCUAUGGGAGUGGGCUGGCUCCUGGGUAAUAAUGGCUCGCACAAGUCGAGCAUAUUGUCUUCUUUUCCUGUUCUUGAAACGCUUUCUGCAGCUGCUAUUCAAGGCAGCAUUAUGAACAUGGAAGUGGCAGACAUUGUUCCUCCUCCUGCACCAAAUGCCCCACGGAUAUCACAGAUUAUGAGGUUUGGCUUUCCUGGGUUGACUAAUGUUCGAGCAUUGGAGGAUUAUGUUAUAUCAUAUGACACAAGGAACCGGUUGCCAUACUGGGUAUGUGAGCAUCUCAGUGCUGCGAAUAUUAACAAGAACCCUGAGGUUGAUCGUUCAAAGUGCACCUUUCAUGAAGAUUUAUCAAUCCAUGAAUUCUUCAGAUCUGAGAACAGUGACUAUAAAGGAAGUGGAUUUGAUAGAGGCCAUAUGGCAGCAGCAGGCAACCAUGGCACAAGCUUGGAAACCUGUCAACAAACAUUUUUGCUGUCAAAUAUGGCUCCUCAGGUAGGAAAAGGAUUUAACCGAGACAAAUGGAAUGAGCUUGAAAAGUAUUGCAGAAAAAAGGCGAGGCAGUAUGAAAAUGUCUACCUCUGUACUGGGCCACUGUACUUGCCCAGACGAGAGGAUGACGGGAAAUUGUACGUUAAAUAUCAAGUGAUAGGACAAAAUCACGUUGCAGUUCCGACUCACUUUUUUAAGGUUAUGGUGUGUGAGGCCAAGACUGGGGAGCUGGAGCUCGAGUCAUUCGUACUCCCCAAUGUUGACAUUGAUAAUGGAAUACCACUUUCUACUUUUUACGUUUCAACGGAUGUCAUAGAACGAGCAUCAGGUCUUCUGUUCUUUGACAAGAUCAACAAGAAAAAGUUCAGGCAGAUAAAUGGAAAGACAAUUGGUUGGUUUUAAGCUUAAACUACAUAAAUGUAUACAAAACUUAUCAAAGUGAUAAUUUUAUGAAAUCUUAUAUAAUUAUUGUUUAUCUAUAUAAAAAUCUGUUUUGUGUAAAGAACUAUAUUAAUAUGUGUUUGUUAUCAUCAGUUAUAUGCAAAUUUUUGUUUUAUCUUUCAAAAUAUGAGUGUUUUAAAAAUAAUAUUGAUUCAAAUAUGAAUUAGUAUUGUUUCAGUAAGCAAUAUAAUUUUUGAAGUUUUUACUUCAUAAAAAUUUGUUCUAAAUAUUAUAAAAGUUUAUUAAAUUAUGUAAGAAACAGAGUAUAAUUUAGAUAGUGAAUGAUUUCAUGACAUUUUUAUGAAAGCAGAGAUAAUAUAACACAGUAAUUGUUUUUGUAUGUUUUGUCAUUUGAUAUAGACAAAGUAAUUUACAUAAUGUAAGUUCUUACAAGAAUGUAAGAACUCUUGUAUGUAUCUCAAAAAAAAAAUAAAAAAAAUAAUCUAAAAGUUGUAUAUAUUGAAGUGUAUAUA